ACGUUGGAUUCCUUCCAUGUCCUUAUCAGCAUAUAUGGGGGAAGUUUCAGUGCAAGUGGAAAGUGUUCCCAUGUACUGGCACUUGUCCUGAUACUGGAAGGCUGGAAGAUAUCAGGCUAUCAAGCCAUUCCUUCACAGCCCUCUUCCACUAGCCUGCCUCAGCAGUGGGAUAAACCAAUGGGACCAGAGAUUGAAUCUGAAGCAGUGUCACAGAUAAUUAUUGCCAGGCCUGGAAAUCUUAAUAGGAAAAGGAGACCUGUGAUGGCCACAUUCGAUGACAACAGGAAAGUUCAAAUACAGGAGUCUGACAAUUUUGAAUUUCACAUCAGAAACAUGUCUUCCUUAUCAGUGGAACAGUCGGCACUGUACCACACACUUUGUUCUGGUGGAUUUGUAGAACAUAAAACUAAACGACCAUUCCCUGCCAUGGUACUAGAUCAGGCUCAUGAAGAAAUCAAUGCUCUUGUGUAA